AGUAAACAACGCGCAUUCAUUCAUUUUUGUCAUCAUCAUAUACACACACUUAAGAUAUUUUCUCCUAAAAAAAACCAGAAGAAGCAAGAAGACGAAUCUGUUAAUCAGAUCUCCGAAGAAGAAGAUGAUGAUGUUCGAUCAGCAACCACCACAUCAACAAGAUAAACGAGGCUACACAAGCGUGAAAAGAGAUGAAGCUGAAUUGGACAUCGAAUCUGGAGAAACCCUCUACCCAGGUCUCUCCCUCGGUGAAAAUCAACUCCGUUGGGGUUUCAUCCGUAAAGUCUACGGAAUCCUCUCCGCUCAGAUCCUCUUAACCACCAUCGUCUCUGUCAUAACUGUUUUCUAUACUCCUCUUAAUCUUCUUCUUAGGGGCAAUUCCCCUCUUCUCUUGUUCCUCGUCUUUCUUCCAUUCAUCUUUUUGAUUCCGUUGUUGAGGUAUCAGCAAAAGCAUCCUCAUAAUUAUAUCUUGCUUGGACUUUUUACUUUGUCGAUUAGUUUCACCGUUGGAGUUACCUGUGCUAACACCGAUGGAAAAAUUGUGCUUGAGGCGUUGGUUUUGACAUCUGCGGUGGUUUCUUCUCUAACUGCUUAUGCUUUCUGGGCUUCCAAGAAGGGCAAGGAUUUUAGCUACCUUGGUCCUCUUUUGUUUACCUGUCUCUUUACUCUUGUACUCACCGGCAUGAUGCAGAUGUUCUUCCCUCUUGGGCCAGUGUCACAUGCUAUCUAUGGUGGAGUUGGUGCUAUGAUUUUCUCUGCUUAUAUUGUCUACGACACUGACAAUCUGAUCAAGCGCCAUACUUAUGAUGAAUACAUUGGGGCCUCUGUCACUCUUUAUCUCGACAUUCUGAACCUGUUCCUUUCCAUCUUGAGGAUUCUGAGGGAGGCAAACAAUUAAUCAUCCUUAGUGAAUUGAGGUUGACCAAAAAUAAGUGAAACUACUUUAAUGCAUUGCAUCUUUGUGAUGCUGUAAUAAGCAUAAUGCAGAUAUACAAUGCUUUUCUAGUAUUCCUUUACAGCUGACAGAUGGCACUUUUGGUGAAAUGGGAAAUUUGUAGCUUUACAAUUGUACUUAGUGUGAUAAAAGAAUUUCAUCUGGGAAUUGUUCUUUUAACUAUGAAUUUAAUGCUCUCUCGCUAUAUUUAAUACAUAGGUUAUCAUUCUAUAACCCUGGUAUUGUAUGUAGAGAAUUAUGAUAUCAUUGCUGGUGUUAUUGUAAAAUGCAACUUGGUGCUAUGUCGAAUUGUUGAUGAUAAAUGUAUAGUUUUGAUAUCUUA